AGAAAGCUGCCAAAACAUCCAGGAAAUAAUUCACUGAAGAGAUGCAGCCGGCAGUCAUAGACCGAAAAUAGACAGAAGCCACAUCGGCUUUAGUCUAUUUGUUUUUUCAGCAGGAGCAGAAAGUGGCUUAGAUUUUAGAUUUUAAAAAGAAAAGAUUUUCUACGUAAAUGUUUGCGCUGCCAAUCUUGGAAAACAGCCCUAGCGUUAUAAAUUAGCUACCCUAAAGCCAUAAUGCAAUGACGACGAGAUAGAGACCCCGGCUUUGUUACACCAGGAGGCUGCUCUCCACCCUUCGGACAGCGCUGCCGGUGGCCUGCUGCAGCCAUGAGGGUCCCCGAUUCCCAGCACUGUUUCGGUCCAAAUGUUUACCCAGAGGUGCCUGAUGGCGGCUGGGGCUGGGCUGUGGCUGUGGCCUUCUUCAUGGUGGAGGUCUACACCUAUGGGACCCUCAAGAGUCUGGGUGUCUUCCUCCAGGAUCUGAUGGAAGAGUUUGGAGAGAGCAACAGCCGAGUGUCAUGGGUCAUCUCCAUCUGUGUCUUUAUCUUUACCUUCACUGCCCCCCUGUCCACCAUGUUGAGCAACCGCUUUGGCCAUCGUCCGGUGGUGAUGAUGGGAGGAUUCCUCAUCAGCCUGGGAACCAUCACCUCCGCCUUCACAAACUCCAUCAAUGAGAUGUACAUCACCAUUGGCAUUGUUUCAGGCCUUGGCUACUGCCUUACCUUCCUCCCCACCGUCACCAUCCUAGCCCAGUACUUCUCCAGACGACGAGCCCUCGUCACCUCUGUCGCUUCCUCCGGAGAAUCCUUCGCCAUAUUCGCAUUUGCUCCAGCCUUCACUUCACUGAAGGAGCACAUUGGCUGGCGCUACUGUCUGGUCAUCCUUGGCAUCUUUCAGGCUUCUGUGAUUGGUUGUGGGCUUCUUCUUCGUCCAAUCAUUAUAAGGCCAGAGCCUGUAAAGGAGGGCAGUGAAUCAGAGAAAGAGACCCUCUCUUUGAAGCAGCUGCAGACUGUUUACGAGCUGGAGAAUGAACAAACCAGAACCUCUAUCAGUUCAGGGGUCUCCCGGGGCUCAGAGGACUCGGGUGUCACCUCCCUCUCUGCUUCAAACGUAGACCUGCGGACUGCAGGGGCUGAAGGCAAGGCUCUGAUGGAGGUGGAAGUGCAGGAGAAAGAGGACCUGGAGCUGUCAUUGUCCACAUCUCCUACCCCAGUCAAGGAGAAGGAUGAGAGUGAAUUAGCAAAGGUAGAGGCUGGUCCUCGCCAGACCUCCAGUCCCAAACUCCUGGAGUUCUCUGUGCUUAAAGACUGUGCCUUUAUCUGGUACUCCCUCUUUGGCUUGUUUGCCACAUUUGGCUUCUUCGCCCCACAGCUCUACGUCAUCGAACUGAGCAAGAGCCGGGGCGUGGAGCCCAGCAUGGCCUCCUACAUGCUCUCAGUGAUGGCUGUGGCUGAGAUUUUGGGCCGCUUGUCCAUCGGGGUGAUUCUGAACAAAGUCUGCUGCAGGAAAACCCUGGUGCUGCUGGUCUGUGUGGUUCUGAUGGGCCUGGUGCUGGUGGCCUUCGCUAUUGUGUGGGAAUUCUGGGGCCUAGUGGUCUGCUGCGCCCUCUACGGCUACUUCAUGGGCACCGUCGGCUCCACUCACAUCCCCUUGCUGGCUGAGGAGGAUGUGGUGGGCAUCCAGAAGAUGGCGUCAUCUGUGGGAGUUUACGUCUUCAUCCAGAGUUUUGCUGGAUUAGCGGGGCCCCCACUGGGAGGUGUGUUGGUGGAUAUCACAAAGAACUAUGGUGCUGCCUUCUACUCCUGUGCAGUGGGCAUAGGCCUCGGUGCCGUCUGCCUGGCUCUGGUCGGCCCGGCCAAGUCAGGCAUGUGCCAAAGACAGAGCAAGACCACAGAAGAAGAGGAGAAAAUGUCCCAGGACAGCGACCAGCCAGACUUUUUGGAGGUGGACUUGGCCCUGGAGGACAGUCCGGUCAGACAGGCUGUGGGUCAGGACAAUGCCUCUGUGAUAUGAACCCAGCCAACCACACCACCGAUGACAAAAACAACAAACCAGAUGCACUGCGAAAGGCUGCAGGGUGGUCUUCACAACUGCUGCUUUUUCCAAAUCUCAGGUGUCACUCAUUCACAUUCUGACAAGCUUGAAAUUCAGUCCUGGAAGGCAGCAGUCUCUCCUCUGAGGCCAAAGACUGAGUACAUGGUGUCACACCUUCACUCUAACAAUUUCCCACAGAUUUCUAUUCCAGCUGCUUAGUGCAUAACCUUCACAGCCCUCUUUGUAUUAUUAGGUUGUUUUCAGUUUGACCAGGAGUACCUCUGUCUCAGAAAAGCAGUGUUGUUGUCAUGGAUCCCGAAGCUGUCACGAUGUCUGCCGGGAGCCUCUGUAACAUCAUGACUGAGAUGUGCUCAUGUCACGGCGUGUUUCCUCAUUCCAGUGCUUCCACUGGUAAUGUUUUGUCAUGGUGGGCAGUCAUGGCAAAAUCUUAGCCGCCACAACAAAGACAAAAGAAGAACUAAAAUAUUCUGCCAUGAAUCAUCUGAUCCACUUGUUGUUGCUGUGCAACGCGCUUGUGACUGUACCCACAGGGCCUGAUCACAGCCCUCUUUCCCCCAAGGAGAGGAAGAAGGGGUGAGACGGCACCCGGACGCGAGGGGGGGUGAGCCAUGACCAGAUUAUCAUAGUUUAGAAACAGUGUUGGGGGUGCACUAACAUAUUACUUUCAGUAAGUGACAUGAGGCAUUACUAAAAUAACUUUUGGGUAAUUUAUUCAUAAUUGGGAUUUCAGGUUUGUGCAUUCAGUCGUUCUCAUGUUAUUCCACAAAGGGAACACGACCUCAGAGUCACUGAUUAAAUACAACUGGUGUAAAGAAAUGUACCAGCCACCUCACCGAUGGUUAAAACAAUAAGCCAGCACAAAAACAUGCUGUAUCAACAUCACUUGAUGUAUGGUUGGAAAAAUAGACGAACUUCAGUUACACCUGUGAGACAGCGCUGAGGUGCGAGCCUGCACAGAUAAAGACUGUCAGCAAAACUCAUCAUGAGGUAAACUGACUCUGCCAUAGAGACAAGGUAACACCGAGGCAAUAGUAGAGCAUUAUUCUGAUUUUCUAUUUAUUAUUAUUUGUUGUUAUUACAAACCAUAACAUAGGCCUUAUAUAUAGACACAUUAACACUAGUCAUUAUCUGCUGUCGGUGUAAGUAACGUAAUGAGUAGAAAGUAGUGUAAUGAGUAACUACAGAGGCAGUUACAUUGUAAAUAUUGUAGAUCAUUUUGAAAGCACUGUUUAUAGAAAUGCUGUUCUCAUGAGUCAGCAGUCAUUCUGUCUGUUCCUAAAGAACCCAGUCUGCAGUGUAGUUCACUGACAAACCAGAGAGCUGCAGAGUAACACUGGACUACUGUCCAUACUCGCACAUUCCCCCUCCCUCCCACAGGAGGCCUCCUCUGAAACACCUCCAUGUUUUGUGUGUGAUAGGCAGCAUCACCGGGAAUCUGAUAAUGGACAGAUAGAUAUAAAAACAGACAUAAAACAAAACCAAUAUCCCUCCACAAAUACCUGUGCCCAACACACACAGCCUGUAUUCCAGUAAGAAAUGGUAAACACUAUGGUUUUAACACUAAAUGAAACCUUUUUGAAAUGAAAAUUUAUGGCUUUAAUACCUGGUUUCAGGAGGUGCUACAGCCCCCUCAGCACCCCUACUUUCCAUGUCCGCAGCAGGAAACGCUGCAUCCAUUCCACCUGAAGAGCUGCACAGUGUGUUUCUUUCCCCAUGCUGAAUUCACGCUCCACAACCAAACACACACACACACACACACACACAUACCUUGUAGCUUUAAAGUAGAACUCCUCUUGAACAGCAGACAAUCUGCCUGUAAGCGUUUGAUGCAUGGAGAAUGAUUUGAACAAGAACACAUAGUCAUGCAGUUUACUCAGUUUGUCUCCUCUCUGAUGGUCUCAUACACAUUCAUACACGACUAUGGCAAAUAAAGCAAGACUGCAGCAGUGUUCACUGAUGCUUUAGAAAGAACUGAGGAGCUGUAGCUCAGUUCAUGCUUGUACAUGGAGCAUGUGUUGUAUGAUUCUGUGGUACUGGAGGAUUGUGGGAUUCAUUUUGCAUGAGCCUCAACUUUACAUCCUUAAUUCUGGAAGCACUGACUGUCUAUCUAUUAUCAUGUUGUCACUAUCCUGUCGACUUACUGUGGAAUGGCCUUGUUACAAGUGCCGGCAUACAAACUGAAAAGCAAUCAUGAUACACCAGAAGAACUUAGUUAACUGUGGAACAUGAAUCACUGUAAACUAAGUCAAAUAUAGAACUAGAGAUGGUCAAAUGCAGGUAUAUGUAUGCAAAGGUGUGAAGGACAGAUCUGACAGUAACGUGAAGUACCUCCUCCCAGAGUCCCUCCUGCAGCCUCAGAUCGUCUCCACACCCACCACCACCACCACCACCUGACUUGAAGUUUAGUCCACAAACCUUUUCUUAAUCGCAGCAUCACGUUUAUUUAAGCUGUUUACAAUGAUGGUUUGAUCCUUUUUUAAUAUAACUUUUUCAUUUUUUUAUUUAAUUGAGUGAUGGGCAGGUCCCUGCCUGUGCUGUUCAGCUUUCCUGAUGUGUUUUCUAAAUAAAAUCUCCUCCAAACUUUCA